UGUUAUGGCGGAGGAAGAACAGGAAGAAAAUUGGCCAGAAUUUUUCGAAAACAACCGUCUCAUUCCAGUUCAUCCGAAUCGACGGAAAUCAGGGUCUCACUCCAAGGCCAGUGUUCCAUUUUGUCUCGUUCUCAAGUCCGUGAUUGGUAUAUCUCCACCUCAAGUUUAUGAUGUUGUUUCCCAAGACAUAGAAUUCCAGUUGCGAUUGACACUGUAUGAUGCAGCUUAUAAAUGUUUCUUUGGGAGCACAUGGCUUGGACCCUUUUUUCCAAGUAGUGGGAAGGAGAAUGGCAGGCACAAAAUUGUCUUUGAGGAGACAGUAUAUCUUUACUCCUCUCUACAUGAUAUCACAUGUGUUGGGGUGGUUGAAGUCAUUGGGGAAGUGAAUGGUCAAAGUUUUGGUUGUGGAUGGACACUAAUACGAAUUUUUGACAGACUCUCUGAAUUAUCAGAAACAACUUCAGGCCAAUCCACUCCAAAAAGCAUUCCUUUGUACCAUGGGUCACCCGCUGGUCUGCUUUGUAUCUCUGAAACAAUUGAAGAAUCAUCCAGUCUACUCCCAAUAGAGGCAUGCACCCUGAGUUUUGUUCUUCAAAUCCAUCCACCCUUGGAAAAGGUUUUUCACCUGAUUCCUGAAAAUGCCAUCAUGAGUGGUGAUGACUUUGUGCCAGGAAUUUUGGAGCCACAACCAGAUGGGUCUGGAAUUGUAGAUAUUUUGAAGAAACCCAGGCUGGCAAAAACUACACCAAGUUUUGUUAAUAAGCUGAGUAUUAUGCUGUAUCCAUCAGUUGAAGAGUUUGAAGAUGAACUUCAGCAAACGUUCAAUCAGGAUAGGCUACACAGGAACAAUAUUAUACCUGAUGAUGGACUGCAGAUUUCAAUUGUGGAGAGAAGACUAAAGGUCUCAGUACACAAUGGAUGGACAUAUGUAAGUGAACCUCACAUAGUGUACCUUGAACCAGAGUAUGAAGGUGGGAAAUCUGGAAGAAAAUCACCUGCUUCACAGUCAUCUUUAAGAGGAAAAAUCCUCUCCUUGGCCCUUCGCAGUCGACUGGAACUGAAGGAGCUUGUUCAUCAUCCAUUAUUUGCUAUUAUCUUUGAACUAGAAUAUGUUUUGUCUGAACCAUUUGCUCAGCCACUAAUCGAGACCAAACGUAAAAAGCCCUCUCUGUCUGGCAGCCUGAUGCGGUCCCAGAACCAGACUGUAACAGUCAAGUGGGCUUUAUGGCUUCCAUUUGAGGGUGGAAGCCCAGAGGAGAGGGAGACCUCAUUGGAACUUACUGGAGGCUGUGAAGGUUUCCCAGGUGACAAGCUGGUGUUUGCUAAAAAACUACUACAACCACCUGGAAAGAAGGCACCCAAGUCUGGUGGAGUAGUAAAGUUUCUGUUCACCCAGCAGCGCAGGAGAGGAAGCAGUUUGCGCUCUUCAACUCAAGGAUCUCAGAUGCUUGGGGUGCCUACCUCCCCUGGUCUUCCCUUCCCAGGCCCCUUCGAUAAUGCUAGAGGAAUGUUUGGUUCUGUCAAUAAUACCCCAGGGGGCGGAUAUCAAGGAAUGUUGCUCACACCGGGUGUGGCAUCAAGACCUCCACUUCCACCAGGAAACAGGCUGCCAGAAGAAUACCCUGUUGUACCUCCUCGAGAUCCCCUCUUUCAGUUCACCUCGUCUGGUAUGCGUCCCAGUGCACCUGACCCAGUGAUCCACCUGUCUGAGUUACCACAGAGCACUGUACACUCUCCUCUUAUCCUUACUGGACCAGGGACAAGUCCUGCCAGUGCACCAUCAACAAUGACCCGUGCCGCUUAUACACGGCUUUCUAGUGCUGGAUUUCCGUCCAUUACUGACCGCCGUGGUAACUCUCCACAAGUGAUUGAUCAUAGAGAAGAAUUACCAAUACAUUUAGAUACUGAAACAGUCGAUCAACUUCUGAGCAAUGAGAUUGUCAUUCAGUUUCUUGCUCUGUCCAGAUGCUAUAACAGAAGCGCUUUCUUCUCCUUUCAAUUCUACCGAUUUCCUCAAGUUACCACUGAAAGGGUCUACCUCAAAGACACUGAUGGUCAAUCUCAAGGGAUUCCUUGUGUGCUUCAAAAAUUCAACAAAGACGGCUUGCCCUCCGACGAAUCUCCAGGCCUGAUGUUGCGUUAUUUGUUGGACCCUUCAUAUAUGCAGCCAGGAGAAGGCCGUGUGUUCAGUCAUUACCUGUUGAGCCAAUCAUUGCACAUUGAUGUGUGGGAUGGUGACUCACUUCUCCUUAUAGGCUCGACUAGUUUGAAACUCAAGCAUUUACUACGUCAAGGUCGUGAAGCUGUAAUCGUGGCGCAUGAAUUGGAUGUAGUUUCCACCGAAUUUUCGGAGGAGGCAGCCAUGCAAAGUGGCGACAUGACUCGAACUGGUAUCAAGUCUGCGGUAGAAGCCAAGCUGCAUCUCAGAGUUGCAAACAUCGGUCAUACCAGUGAAGGACCGAAGGGAAAGCUAGGAACUGUCCCCAAGAAGCUCUCCACUGUUGUAAUAUCAGAAACUGUAAGAGAAACAGGAACAGCUAACACACUGACUGGAAACAAAAGUACCAAAAUAAAGGCCAAGCAAAUGGCAGAAUGUGACGCAGAACUUUCAGCUGUGUUGUUCAGCAGGCAGGAAAAGAUAGCCAAAGAUGAUCAGCCAGUCAGAGAAGCUAAUGCCAUUAGAAAAAGGAAACUUGAAAGAAUGCAGGCAGUUCGGCAGAUCCAAGGAGCUGAUACCUCUACGGGCAAUUUGAUAAUUCAAAAAGAGGAGAAAUUACAAAGAACACGAGAUCUUAAAACCAUUCAGCUUUACAGAGAGAAGCUCAGACAUGAGAGGAUUCUCUCUUCGUUAGCAGGGAACAUCACGACCAGCCACACAAUCUACCCGUCAUUCGGUAGAGUAGAGUUUUUCGAGUUUGUGCUGAGAAAUCCUUACUCCACCGACCAAACUGUUACCAUUUACUGCGAUGACAACGAGCUCAGAGUGGUAACAGACACAAGAGAGUGGAGACACUUUAAGAGAAAAACAGAGACGCGUUCAGCUUUGGAGGAGAACAUGUUUGACACCGCCUCUACCAGCCCCUACCCACAAGUGUUCCUCAGACCCAGGGAAACUGUACAUAUCCCGUUCAAGUUCCAGACCUUUAGAGCAGAUCAAAGUGUUCCUGAACAGGGCCCAUCACAUCCGCUAAAACAGCAGGCUCAAACCUAUCUAAAGACCAGCAUAUCGGAGGAAAAUAGUCUAAAACCACGUCAGAUUAAGGUGGCAUUCAGAAACACGGAUGAGCGUCCAAUAGCUAUUCUUAAUCUUCAAGUUGAACCUCGACCCCAUGUGAUAGACAGAACGUUCAGGUUCUACCACGCAGAGCAGUCGUUCUUGAAAAAGACCAUCAGACUACCUCCCUGGCGAUCAUUACCAGGCGCGCCAGUAAUGGACGACAACACGCAACCUCAAGUACAUGUACGCUGCAGUGAUGUGAAUGCUGUUUGUGAAGCUAGAAAGAUGCCGUCGGGUGAACCUCAGGAUGUUUUCCUCAAGAUCGCAUGUGGACCCUCUCCUUCUCUAAAGAGGUUUUUCGUUCUCUUGUACAUAGAUCCUUUCCUCGCCGAACCUUGUCAAACAUGGCAGUUCUAUGUUCAUUCAUUACAAAGAAUCGACUUGUCUGCUGUCCAAGGUCAGAGCAGUCGCCUGUCUGUGAUAUUACGUGGAACUCAGUCCAGUCGUCUUGUUCAGUGUUUUUCAUCUCACCCCGAAGAAUUACAGGUCAAGCCCACCGACCCAAUCAUGUUAAUGGCGAAUGCUGUUCAUGAAGUCCAUCUAACACUACGACCCCACACGUCCGGGAGCAUGCGCUAUAUGUACGUUAACGUGGUUGAUGUGGAAUUUCAUCAACUUGUGAGAACUUGGCUUGUGUGUGCCUCUUGUCAAAUGCCCGUUAUUUCUAAAUCGUUUGAACUCCAGAUACAAGUUGGCGGUGGAAAGGGUUCGAACAAGCGCGUAUCAUUCACCAAUCCUUAUCCUACCAAGAAGACGUUCCAUCUGAAGACUAACAGGCCUGACAUGCUACAGUUUAAGGAGAGCAUCAUUCAGGUUGGUACCGGAGAAUCGCAUAGUAUCGGUCUUCGCUUCACACCACAACAGUUCCCAGGAAAAUCUGAAAUUCUCAUCUUCAUUAACGACUCAGAAGACAAAAAUGAAGAAACUUUUAGCAUCAAUGCCGUCUAUACGUAACACUUCUCAUGUUUGAGGCCCCCCAAGAAACGUCUAUUUGGUUAUGAAAUCCUCCCAAAUGAAGAUAGAAGACGCGUAAAUUUUAGAAAUCAUAAGAUGUGUAUUUAACUUUGAAUUUUACGAUCUCUUAGCGUGCGAAAAUAUUAAUUUAAUAAAGUUUACUUAAGUGCAGAAGCCUCCUAUUCUUUCUGUAAAACUGAAACUCGGAAAGGUGACAAUACUCAAACGAUCGGCCUGAAAAUACUAAAAAACAAAGUUGCACCUGUUGAGUAACAUGUAUAACAAUUAUUACACAGUAGAACAAUAACAGUUGACUGUGCGCCCUUCGUUAAUGAAACGUCAUGAGCCUGUCUGGUGUCACUUUGCUGCUUUUCAGACGCACCAAAUAUGCUCAAUGGAAAUUAUGUUCAAAAUUUUUAAAAAGAAAUUAAGGUUGGGCUGCGAUUCAAGAUAUGCUGGUUGGAAAAGGGGGCCCAAAGCUCUUGUGUUCGUGAUGUGCUUCCUUCAAUCUUACUGAUCCCGGUUGUUUAAGGAUGGAUAACGCUAUCCGCUAGAUAGUGCAGUUGUUACGGUAUAAUCUAACCGACAAAAACACUAUAAUCCCACAAACUCGACUACUUUUAUUAAACGACAAAUGGAUAAAGGGAGUAAGUUUUUAAAGAAACUGUGGUGCUGCGUCGGUGCGAGAGUAUAGCAGGUAAUUUAGUGUUAA